GGCAUCAGGGCAAUUCUGUUGUGCUCUCGGAGAUCGGGAGCUCCUGCCUGGGUGUGGAGUAUGCAGUGUUUGUCCUGCCGGGCCGCCUGCGGAGGUUGGGUGGGAGCAGGAUGACGCGUGUGAUGUUAAACAGUUACUGCUGGGAAAGGAACGGGACCUUUAACAAUGGUCCGAGUACCGCGCCCUGGCCGCGAGACCGCGGCUUUUGCUGGCACUUGAGUGCAGCUCUGGGAUGCAUUCGGUGCAUUUUUUAAACAGUAGUUCUGCGACCAAAUGUAGAAAGUUUGAUCAGAGGGCUUUGAGCACUGACCAGCACAUUCCAAGCCUAAUGAUUCAUGCUUAUGGUUUAAAACCGAGGCUGCAGGUUUGAAGUUCAGUUGAGUAUUAGUCUUUGGUGCAACUGCCUUGCUGUGUUGUUUUUUAAAACUUGAGAGGACUUGAGUAGUUCACUAUUUGACAAGUAAUUAAGAGGUCGCUGGAUUUGAUGCUUAUUUGAGCUGACAGAAUAGAAAAGUUUUGCAUAGCUGGCAGAUUAGAAGUUCUCUGUCAGAUAAUAAUUCUCGCUGGAUUGGUACCUGCUGGUAACUGCUGCUUUAUUUUCCCAGCGUGGAUUCUGGGUGAGUUCAGGCAGGUGAGGGAGUUUGGUAAUGGUGUACAACCCCUACAAACCAAACAUUUUAUAAGUUGAUGAUGACACAGGCUAUGGGCACUGUCUGCAUCCCAAGAGAUCAUCCAGCUGUUGAGAUGCCAUUAUAUGAGUUCCUCUGUCAUGAGCUGUUUGAUGAGCAGUUCUUGUUCCUUUCCGCACGGAAAGCAGAUAAACUCAGGGCGGAUUUUUCAUUUCAACCCCCUUACACUGUAGGAACUGUAUGUUACUUCUGGGGCAGCCACAGCAGGGAUGGCAACUGGCCAGGCAUGUCAGCAUCUCAGCAGUACCCAGGAAUUGGCAUCCUGGUGAAUGUAAUGAGGGGAGUAGUACAGAACUUAAAAGAAACUUCUUACUUGACUGCACAGAGUUUUUUUUUAGAAGUGGAGGAAGCUUUUAACACUUGUGCUCUUUCCUUCCUGGAGAGGAAUCUCUCUUACCCCAUGCUUUUUGUUUUGGACUGAAGGGUACUACCCACUGCAUCAGGCUGUAGAACAUUUCAGUGUCUGGGUUUUUUUAGGGAGCAGGUCAGCUGUUUGGCUGGGUACAUGCUUCCAUAGAAUCAUGGUUACUCAGUCGAGAAUAUAAUAAUUCCUUGGAAGUGUUUUGAGAGAUAAAACUGAAUUUUACUGGAAGAGCUCUUGGGUUACCUGCCUUAUCCUGAAGGGAAGAGCACCAAAUGUGAUCAGACGUGUGUUUGCUGUGUUCCUGCAAGGGUGAAGGUUGCACAGGAGGAGAUGGGAUGGGGAGCAGGGUUCUAUGCUGGCUGCAGGAGCUGCUGGGCUGGCUACUCUGCCACUCCUGCCCAGUUCCACCAGUGCCAAACAAACUCUCCCCACAGUUCUCUGAACACACGUGUUCAGUGUGAAAAAUAGUUUUAUCUUGGUCUAAUUUCACUUCAUGCUGAAUCAAGAAGUAGCUCCCCUGUGCUCCUUGUUGCUUUUCUUUGAAUUUUGAUAUGAUUUUGGCUAACUGCUUUCAGCAUUUUAUGAUACAGAUGGCAUCAUUUUUGUUGUGUAGGAGUUUCUUGUGCCAGCCAGAGAAAGACUAAAUGAUACUUUAAAUAGGAAAACAAAAAGAGUUGGCACAAGGCUCAGGGAGGAAGGAGUAUGUUUUGAGUGCUUUCAUUGAUCUUAAAUUUCCCUUAUUUCAAUUACCAGGGGCUUUUAAAAAGAUGCUGUUGUUAAAAUUCAGCUUAAACAACAUGCACACAGGUCUUGAAACUUCCGACAUACAGAAUACCAUACAGAAGUUUUUUUUCUUGAGAAAAAUACUCUUAUGCAGGAUCUCCAGAGUUUUCUGGGGAGUGUCUGUAAUAUUUGGAGUUGAAGGCCAAUCAAAAUACACAAUUACUGCUUGAAUAUUUUCCUUUUGAGGCCUGACUGGGAUGCCAUUAGUUAGUUAAUUCUAGCUUUUCCUGCUGUUCCUUCCACUCCUCCUUGUCCCUAUUACAAUACAAGCCUUUCCCUCAAUCAGAGCAACAGUGAUCUUUUUGAUCUACUCUGUUAGCCACACAGUUUCAUGGUGCUCAGACGGCUUUGGAAACAAGGAGGGGUUUUUUUUGUUUGUUCUCAACCCAGAUUUAGCAGAAAGCAGAAGUGAAAUAUAGCUACUACAGUCAGCUCCAAAACUGUUCUGAGUAUUUGGUUUAAUCUUGAGGUGAGAUAUAUCUGACUUCCACUUUUUGAACCAGGGCUCUCUUAACAAUCCAAACCCAGUCACAGGAGAUUCAGAAAAUCUGUUCUGUAGGGUUAAAGAGAGAAAUUUCUCUGUAUAUUUAGAAUGCUUAGAUAGAAAUACUGCAGCCUUUGGUCUUUAAAAUCAAAACAGUUUCCUUUACUCCUGUUUUGUAUUUUAGUUCUAGUGGACAUAAAAACUGUGACAGUACUGAAAGUCACAUAAUAGACACAUAACACUUCUUUUAUACCCAGUUCUCAAGAUGGCCCUAAAACUGGCUUAUUUUGUAUGUAUCUAAUUAUUUGUAGAAGAAUGUCCAUUACCUGUUUCCUUAAGCGACUGUUUUGAGAUGGAAGGAGAUUUCCACAGAUGGAUGUUUGUGUCUGGCAAGGGUUGUAAAAUAGAAAGACAUUCCUUUCUGUUCUGUUUUGUUCUUUACAAGCUGGACACUAAGAGCAGGAAAGGAUUUUUGGUGCCCAGUCCAGAACUCUUAGCAGCAGCUGCUGCACUGCAGAGUUGAAACUGGGAGUUAUCUCCUCCUCCUCCUCCUCCUCUCCGCCUCACUCCUCCUCCCAGCUUUGCAUUCAGGCUGGCGCUGGGAUGAGCUGUGCAGGGCCAGCUGGCUGUUCCUCACACUAGUGCCUCGCUGCCCAGCAGCCUGGGACAGACUGCAGGGUGUUUUUUGGGGAGUUGGGUUUCAAUGGCCACCCGGACUAGCAAGAAGCAAGGACUGCUCAUAUGGACAGCUCGUUUUUAUGGUGUGCAGAGUCGGCUUUGUAGUGGGAUAUUGAAAUGUGACACAAUGCCUGUUUGUUUGCAAUAGCUGCAACCCUCGUAGCAGAGAUUCAAGUGGGAGACAGAGAGGGAAUCCAGAGACAAACCAGCGGGGGAUUUAGGAACUGUGACGCCGUGUCCUCUCUCCUAUGCCGGAGCAAGCAAAGGAAAGAGAGGUAGAGGAAAAAAGACUGAGCCUUGCAAGAGCCGUCACCCUGACGAUGUGUCAGUCAAACACCCUGCAGGGACCAGAGCUCCACACAGGGAAAUGGUGAGAUGCUACAAAGCUUUAUCUAACCCUCCACCCUCUUGCUACAACCUCCACAAAGUUAAAAUUCAUGUCCGGAGGCUGCGUUCAGGGAACGGCGGCAGCAGCAGCUGUGCCGGGGACCAGCACCCACAGCUAGAGAGUCCAGGCCCAGCUGGCUCUGCCAGUGGGACACCAAGUAGGAGAACUCGUUUCAGGUUGCAAUUCCCCCAGCUGGCCCUGCGGCGAAGGUUGGGCCAGCUGAGCUGUAUGUCUAGGCCUGCUCUGAAACUCCGUUCUUGGCCUCUGACUAUUCUCUAUUACCUUCUGCCUUUCGGUGCUCUUAAACCCUUGACCAGAGUGGGAUGGAGGCCUAUGAGCAGGGUCGCCCUGUACAAGUCGGUCCCAACUCGGCUGCUGUCGCGAGCCUGGGGUCGCCUGAACCAGGUGGAGCUGCCCACGUGGCUGCGGAAGCCGGUGUACAGCCUGUACAUCUGGACCUUCGGGGUGAACAUGAAGGAGGCAGCGGUGGAGGAUCUACAUCACUACAGGAACCUCAGCGAGUUCUUCCGCAGGAAGCUGAAACCGCAGGCGCGGCCGGUCUGCUGUGUGCACAGUGUGAUUAGCCCCUCUGAUGGAAAGAUCCUUAAUUUUGGACAGGUAAAAAAUUGUGAAGUGGAGCAAGUAAAAGGAGUUACUUAUUCUCUGGAAUCUUUCUUGGGACCUCGCAUCUCCACAGAGGAAAUGCAUUUUAGUCAGGCCCCAGCUGGUAACUCUUUUCAGCAACAACUGGUCACAAAGGAGGGGAAUGAGCUCUACCACUGUGUAAUUUACCUUGCACCAGGGGAUUAUCACUGCUUCCACUCACCCACGGACUGGACAGUGUCACACCGAAGGCAUUUCCCAGGCUCCCUGAUGUCUGUCAAUCCUGGAGUUGCUCGCUGGAUUAAGGAACUGUUCUGCCACAAUGAACGGGUUGUCCUUACAGGUGACUGGAAACAUGGCUUUUUCUCACUAACAGCUGUGGGAGCAACAAACGUGGGCUCCAUCCGCAUCUACUUUGACCAGGACUUGCACACAAACAGUCCAAGUUACUCUAAAGGUUCCUACAAUGACUUCAGCUUCAUAUCCAACAACAACAAGGAAGGAAUCCCCAUGAGGAAAGGGGAACAUUUAGGGGAAUUUAACUUGGGCUCUACGAUCGUACUAAUCUUUGAGGCACCCAAGGACUUCAAAUUCAACCUCAAAGCUGGACAGAAAAUCCGCUUUGGAGAAGCACUGGGCUCUUUAUAGGAACUGUCUUAGCAAGAAGAUUUUCUAUAAAAAGAGACUCUUUUCACACCACUGAGUGUUUCACUUACUAAGUUUGUAUCACUCAGCAGGACCUGGGUGAGGAGAAAAAAAGAUGUCACUGCUGCGUUAAACUUGAAAAGUAUUUGUUCUGCAUUUACCUACUGCUGAAUGUAGAAACUGAAUGGAAUGAUCAUGGAUGUAUUGGGUACAGCUGCCUUUAAAGAUGUUGCCCAUGGUGGUCUCUGGCCCACCCUGUGCCUGUAGUCUUUCAUGUUCUCCCCUGAAUGUGCCACAGGAUAAUUGUGUUCUUAGACCCUCCAAGUCCCUUUUAAGCCUUCCUAGGCAGGUGCAGUGGGAAAGGGUGGAGGUAGAGAUUACCUGUAUUUAAAGGGACACUGACAGGCUGAGUCAGACCUUGUACCUUGUGUCUGCAGUAUCUGUUUCUCAGACCUUGAGUAAAGAAUAUAUUCUCAUAUUUAUUUUAUUCUAAAAAACUCUGCCCAAAUUCUUAGAUAAAAGCAGUCUCUGAAUGCACAGAGGGCCAAACAGUGAAUUUGCUGGUGUGGCUUCAUGGCCCAAACAAAGCAAAAUGUGUAACAGUCAGUACAAUGAGUGACAUUCAUCCUGAGUUUUGUACUAUUGGACAACUUUAGUUCUUUUGUCUGACAUUGUCCCUUUGAAAGUGGACUUUGCAUUGUAUUUUAAACCUGAAAACAAUGUCUACAUUCCAGACAACAGAACUUGUCAUCUUGCAAUUUAUUCUUUUUUUUUUUUUCAAGACAGACAAGUAUCUGUGUCCUCUUCCUAAUCCAUGGGUUUAUUUUGCUAUUCCAGGCCUUAAAGUUUUUGUCUUUAUGAAAGACAAUUCACCUCUUGGAUUAAGAGGACACAGAGCAUAUUUUUCUUGGGUGAUAUGGUGGCAACUAAAGUAUGUUUUAACUUUCUGCUAUGUAUCUUGUUACUUUGUCACUAAAUUCUUGACGAAUUAGUUCCUCUAUUACAGGACAGCUUCAGCUACUUUAGGACUAAUUUUUAUUGCACAGAAUGAAAUGCCCUAUGCACUGACUGUGUUUAAAAUAUUUAUGGAUCUUUAAAGAAAUCCCCUCUUGCUUCCCAGGUGCCAAUCUGGUUAUCCCUUGACUGGCAACAACUUCAUCUCACUCAGAAUACAAAACAAAAAACCACACUGGCUCUGACUUCUGCCCUCAUACUUAAUGCUAGGAAUGUCCUAUGGGCUGAAAUCUUUGUGCUGAAGCUUAAUCCACUGUAAAAUUUUAGAGCCUCUCUGUGACUUCACAUCAAGAAGAGUUAAAAUCUAACACCUUGGAUCUACUGCAUGUGGCACUGAUAAAAACCACUGCCAAAGUGAAGACAAUUGAGUUUUAAAGCAAUGUAUCAAUUGUUUUUUGAGAAUAAACUGUUUCAAGUCCCAGCACUCAAGCAUUUAGAACUGAUUUUGCUGUCCAGAGCUUGUUGGAGUGGACACGCUUAUGAAACCUGCCUUUGUGCUUUCUGAAAGAUUUCCCAUACUACUUGCUUGCUUGAGCUACUUUUCUGCUACUUCAAGGAGAUGACAGGCUUUGACCAGCUCUGAUCUCCUAAAGAAACCCUUCUUUGUACGCACUGCAGAAAAUAGAAUAUAAUUUUGUUGUACAAAUGUCCAGUUUGCCAAGUGCUGUAUGCUUAGCUUGUCAUCGGGAAGGAAGGGACGAUAAACUGCCUCUAAGUGACAUAGCCCAGGCACCAGUCAGAUGAGGGUGGCUGUUUGGGUGACAAGCAGGAGAAAAUUCAUUUGGCUCCAGGAGUCAGUGUUUCCUCACUUUACACAGGGAGGAGUUUGAAAGCUUGAAGUGGCUGUCAGCCACCUAUCUUGUUAAACUUCUUGGCAUUAGCAAGUUUACUCCUGCAGCAGUAUAGUAUCAGAUACAAGUCUUUUCAAACCUUUGAGAGUGAGAAAAGAGUUAAGGCAAAUAUCAACCCCGAGAGGAUAAAGUUAGGGUGAGCUUUUUGAUUAAACUUCAAUGUCAUGUUAUCAAGAGAAAGCAAUUUGUUCCAGUGGAUGAGGGAAAAAGACAACUGAAUCUUUUCCUUCUUUUCCACUGGGGUCUGUGACAUCCAGAGCCAAAGGAAGAUAAAGCUUUAAUUUCUUCCUACUCAGCAGCAUCAUCCAUAGUAUCUGAAGGUAAAUAUUAGCCCAGUCAUGGAGGAUGGGUUGCUUGAUGUUUGCUUUAUUAGAAAUCUCAGAAGGAAGGGAGGAUUCAGCAUGCAAGUGGCUGUUUUUAUCAUGGUUUUAAUACUGUGCAGAGCAAGCUAAUAAACCAACAUUGUUUGUGAUGCAGGGGCCAGCACUGCACCCCAGGAGUGAAAACAAAGUUCCUUGAGGGUACUGAUAAUGCUGUGAAUUUCUCCUGCAUGGAGAAUCCAUUUAAUUCAACUGUAUCAGUAGCACGGUAUUUUUGUAUGUCAAAGUGUAUGACUUACUGACAUGAACUCAUUUAAUUGCAAACAUUUUGAAAUAAAGAGUCUUAUCUGUGUUGCUUA